GGCCGAGCCGGACGCAGCGCGGCGGCCCGGCGGCAGCGCGGAGAGGCCCGGACUCGGACUGGGCGGCCGGCGCGGCCGGCCUGAGCGAGGGUGGGGGGCGGCGGGCGGCGCGGGGCGGCGGCGGCGAGCGGGGGCCAUGCAGGCGCGCUACUCCGUGUCCAGCCCCAACUCCUUGGGAGUGGUGCCCUACCUCGGCGGCGAGCAGAGCUACUACCGCGCGGCGGCGGCGGCGGCCGGGGGCGGCUACACCGCCAUGCCGGCCCCCAUGAGCGUGUACUCGCACCCGGCGCACGCCGAGCAGUACCCGGGCGGCAUGGCCCGCGCCUACGGGCCCUACACGCCGCAGCCGCAGCCCAAGGACAUGGUGAAGCCGCCCUACAGCUACAUCGCGCUCAUUACCAUGGCCAUCCAGAACGCGCCGGACAAGAAGAUCACCCUCAACGGCAUCUAUCAGUUCAUCAUGGACCGCUUCCCUUUCUACCGGGACAAUAAGCAGGGCUGGCAGAACAGCAUCCGCCACAACCUCUCGCUCAACGAGUGCUUCGUCAAGGUGCCCCGCGACGACAAGAAGCCGGGCAAAGGCAGCUACUGGACGCUGGACCCGGACUCGUACAACAUGUUCGAGAACGGCAGCUUCCUGCGGCGGCGGCGGCGCUUCAAGAAGAAGGACGCGGUGAAGGACAAGGAGGAGAAGGAUCGGCUGCACCUGAAGGAGCCGCCGCCGCCGCCGCCCGGCCGCCAGCCCCCGCCCGCGCCGCCCGAGCCGGCCGACGGCGCCGCGCCCGGCCCGCAGCCGCCGCCCGUGCGCAUCCAGGACAUCAAGACCGAGAACGGUACGUGCCCCUCGCCGCCCCAGCCCCUGUCCCCGGCCGCCGCCCUGGGCAGCGGCAGCGCCGCCGCCGUGCCCAAAAUCGAAAGCCCCGACAGCAGCAGCAGCAGCCUGUCGAGCGGGAGCAGCCCACCGGGCAGCCUGCCGUCGGCGCGGCCGCUGAGCCUGGACGGCGCGGAGUCCGCGCCCCCGCCGCCGCCCGCGCAGCCCGCGCCGCCGCCGCACCACAGCCAGGGCUUCAGCGUGGACAACAUCAUGACGUCGCUGCGGGGGUCGCCGCAGGGCGCGACCGCGGAGCUCGGCUCCGGCCUCCUGGCCUCGGCGGCCGGGUCCUCGCGCGCCGGCAUCGCACCCCCUCUGGCGCUGGGCGCCUACUCGCCGGGCCACAGCUCCCUCUACAGCUCCCCCUGCAGCCAGAGCUCCAGCGCCGGCAGCUCGGGCGGGGGCGGCGGCGGCGGCGGCGGCGCGGGGGGCGCGGGGACCUACCACUGCAACCUGCAGGCCAUGAGCCUGUACGCGGCCGGGGAGCGCGGCGGCCACUUGCAGGGCGCGCCGGGGGGCGCCGGCGGCUCCGCUGUGGACGAACCCCUGCCAGACUACUCUCUGCCCCCGGUCACCAGCAGCAGCUCCUCGUCCCUGAGUCACGGCGGCGGCGGCCAGGACGCCGGCCACCACCCUGCGGCCCACCAAGGCCGCCUCACCUCGUGGUACCUCAACCAGGCGGGCGGAGACCUGGGCCACUUGGCGAGCGCGGCGGCGGCGGCGGCGGCCGCGGGCUACCCGGGCCAGCAGCAGAACUUCCACUCGGUGCGGGAGAUGUUCGAGUCGCAGAGGGUCGGCUUGAACAACUCCCCGGUGAACGGGAGCAGUAGCUGUCAGAUGGCCUUCCCUCCCAGCCAGCCUCUGUACCGCGCGUCCGGAGCUUUCGUCUACGACUGCAGCAAGUUUUGACACUCCUGCCCCCUCAAAGCCGAACGGAAUCGAACUCCAAAGCAGGAACAGCCAAAAGAACCAUCAGUGCAAAAUCGAAACCAAAAAAAUCCAAUUUAAAAAAGCUUGAAAACAUUCACCAAACCAGCGAACAGAAUCCCUCCAAAAAUUCAACUCACCAGCACAAAGAAAACUAUUUUCUUAAAAGAUUAAUUCACAGAGCCACCUCCACUUUGCCUUAUCUAAAUAAACAAAACUGUAAACUAUUUUGUACAGAGACAGCAAAGUCAUGGUUUAUUAAAGGACAGUGUUACUCCAGAUAA